AUGAGGGACAGUCAAAAUCUGAUGAUUGAGUUUGUAAAAAUAAUCCAACGGUACCCAGAAAUCUACGAUGCAAGUUUGGACACAUACAGAACUCGAUUUUCAGAGAUGGCUUGGACAAAAGUUGCGAAUAAUGUGAGAACAGAAUUGAAUGAAGAAUGCACAAUUGAAGAAUUGAAGGUGAAAUGGAAAGGAAUAAGGUCUUCCUUCAAUAGAUACAAGUCCAAACUUGCAAUGAGCCCCUUCAGUAGUGAGAACACUUGCAAGAAAUAUUACCUAUGCGAUCACUUAAGAUUUUUGGAACCCUUCUUGAGAUCUAAAGGGCAACAACAAGAAGACCAAGACAAAUCAGAAGUAACACACGGCGACGCUUGUAACUACGUUAACGUUGAUGGUAUUGAUGAAUCAAAUGAGUAUAAUGAAGAAGAAUGGAAUCAUAUUGACAUCAAACCUGACGUUAGUACCAGAGUAGACAAACAACAAGAAACAGACACAGUACAGUCUUCAAGAUCAGGUGAAUCUUAUGAUAGAAGUAAGAAGAGAAAGUACUCAUUUGAAGGUCAUUCAAGCACAGACGAUGAUAACGAAGAUCUCACAUUUUUCAAAAGUAUCCUACCAGACAUAAGGAACUUUACAAUCAGAGAGAAGAGGAAAUUGAAGAUGGGAAUACUACAACUGAUUGAUGAAAUAGAAAAAGAGAAAGAGAGUACAUGA